AUGAAACAAGAGGAGGAAAGAGUCAAACUGAUCACCAAAAUGAAGAACGAAUUCUGUUCAGUAAAGUUUGUAAUGUGGAUUACCACAGUGUUCUUGAUACUAGUCGUCUUCCACGUUCAAUCCCCUUACUAUCUCUCGAACAAUCCUGGUUUGAUUUCUAACGCCAUUCUUCCUCAAUGGAAAGUAGCAGACAGUUCCAAAAACCUAAGUGAAGAAGAAGCAAAAGCUAAGCUGAAGGCUUCAGUAACAUUCCUUCCACUUUUGGACCUAAGGUUUCAGCAAACUGCAUUGCAGGGGAAUACAUGGUUCUUGAGUUCAUUGCCCGAUUCGAUGGAGAAAGACGAGCCUAUGUACGUGUACGUGCCUUCUGAUGCGUCCCAAGACCGGAUUCUCUGUAUCAAGGGACACAGCACGAGAGAUGGCGCGAAGAACUCGUACGCAUUGGCGUGGAAAGGCAGUCUUCCUGAUUCAGCUACCCUUUUGGAAGGCCUAACUUUCAUAUCAUACACUUUUUACAAUCACAUCAAUCCUUGGCAUGCGAUAUCUACGGGUAUGCCUUUCGUGAGAUGGUCGAUGCUGAAUAAUUGCUCAAGGCCUAAUAGAUGGAUUCUGUUCCACCAGGGACAAUUCAGGUGGGAGAUGGGCUAUUGGCUGGACCAGCUGAUGAAAGUUUACUAUGGAAAUGUCGAGUACCUGGAGAAAUUCGACGAUGAUGGCAAAGCAGACGAAGAGGGAGAUGGACCUACUUACUGCUUUGAGAAGGCUGUGGUGAUGAGGCAUGAUUCAGAACAAAUGUCGAACGAGAUCAAGUUGAAGGUUUUCGACACAUUGCGCUGCAAGGCCAGGAAAUUCUGUGGACUAAACCCGAUCAAGUCUAGAAGAGAUGAUGUAAACGAAAAAGGUGAGCCAGUCAUUAAGUUCACUCUGUUGGACAGAAGAGAAACAAGAUCUUACAAGAAUACGACUGCUGUGGCAGAGAUUUUCGCAAAGGAAUGCGCGAUGGUUGAAGGAUGCGUCUUCAACCUAGUCCAAUCAGAAGAUCUAAGCUUCUGCGAUCAGGUGCGAGUAUUUAGUAACAGUGACAUUAUUGCAUCACCGCAUGGAGCUCAGAUAACAAACCUGUUCUUCAUGGAUCGAAACAGCAGUGUGAUGGAAAUGUUUCCAAAGGGAUGGUGGGAAUAUGGACCUAACAGCCGAUGGGGUCAUCAUUGGCUGGCGAAUCAAUCCGGGAUGAAACACCGGGGAACCUGGUGGGAUCCAGAAGGCGAGGAGAAGUGCAGCAAUGCUGAGAACAAAUAUUUUUGCUUUCUUGAUCACUACAAAAAUGGCAAAGUCGGUCAUAAUGCGACCUACUUCGCAGAAUGGGGGAAAAGGGUCCUUAAUGAAGUGAGGCAGGAAAAGCUAGAAGAAGCAAAGAAUAAUAAACAGCUGUACUGCUCUGCCCCUGCACGAUUUAGUUUGAAUCAGCCCCACUUAACCCUCCCACGGGCUGAAAUUAAGAAAGCGUUGAAGAAGGACCUCGAGAAUCUAAACCCGGAAGCCAUGGCUGCAACUAAGAAGAUCAUGAAACAAGGUGAAAGUGUCAAACGGAGCACCAAAAUGAAGAACGAAUUCUGUUCAAUCAAGUUCAUCAUGUGGAUCACUUUUCUUUUCUUGAUCUUUGUUGUCUUCCGCGUUCAAACCCCUUAUUAUUUCUCUUGUCCUAGUUCAGGUUUGGAUUCUGAGAAAGCUAAUAUAUCCAUUGAUGAUGCUACUAAGAAGCUUAAAGCAUCAGUUACAUUCCUGCCAAUUAAAGACUUGAGAUUUUCCAAUAAGGCGAUGGAGGGAAAUACAUGGUUCAUGAGUUCAUUGUAUGACACGAUCGAGAAAGACGAAGCAGAGUACUUGUACUUCCCAUCAGACGCUUCCCAGGACAGAGUUCUCUGUCUAAAGGGACGCGAUUCGGGCGAUGGCACGAAGAAUUCGUAUGCAUUGGCUUGGAAAGACAGUCUUCCUGAGUCGGCCAUUUUCAUGGAAGGCCUUACUUUUAUAUCAUACACUUAUUUCAAUCAUAUAAACUUGUGGCAUGGAAUAGGUACUGCUGUUCCUUUCGUGAGAUGGUCGAUGAAGAAUGGAUGUUUAAGGCCAAGAAGAUGGAUUCUGUACAAAACCGGAGAAGUCACCUUCAAGAUGGGAUCUUGGCUGGAGCAGCUCUUGAAGAUUUACUAUGGGAAUCUUAAGAUUGAGAAGUUUGAGAAGGGAGACGGGCCUUAUUGUUUCGAGAAGGCGGUCGUGGUGAGGCAUGAUACUGGAGGAAUGGGUCUGGAGAACAAAUUGAAGGCGUUCGACUCCUUGCGCUGUAAGGCCAGAAAAUUUUGUGGCAUUCCAGUGAGAACGAGAAGAAAUGUGGAUGAAAGAGGUAAUCCAGUUAUAAACUUCACUCUGCUGUUGAGAAAAGGUUCGAGAUCUUUCAAGAAUGCAACAGUUGUUGCAGAGGUUUUUUCAAAGGAAUGUGCAAAGGUGGAAGGAUGCGUCUUCAACCUAAUCCAGUCAGAAGAUCUAAGCUUCUGUGAUCAGGUGCGGGUGAUGAGCAACAGUGACAUUGUUGCAUCUCCUCAUGGAGCUCAGCUGACAAAUAUGUUCUUCAUGGAACGAAACAGCAGCGUGAUGGAAUUCUUCCCGAAAGGAUGGUUGGAGUACGCAGGGGUAGGUCAAUAUGCGCACCAUUGGAUGGCGAAUCAAUCGGGUAUGAAACAUCGAGGCGCAUGGUGGGAUUCAGUUGGUAAUGAUUGCCCGAAUCCAAAAGAUGAACUUCAAUGCUUUCUUUUCCACAAAGAUGGGAUAGUUGGUCACAAUGUAACCUACUUCUCUGAAUGGGGUAAAAAGGUGCUGAAUGAAGUGAGGCAGGAGAAGCUAGAAGAAGCAAGAACCAACCAAGAGAAGCAUGUUUCAAAUGUCUGUCCUCGUUGUUAA